GUGUCCUCUCUACAGGUGUCCUCUCUCAGGUGUCCCUCUCUACAGGUGUCCUCUCUACAGGUGUCCUCUCUACCAGGUGUCCUCUCUACAGGUGUCCUCUCUACAGGUGUCCUCUCUACAGGUGUCCUCUCUACAGGUGUCCUCUCUACAGGUGUCCUCUCUACAGGUGUCCUCUCUACAGGUGUCCUCUCUACAGUGUGUCCUCUCUACAGGUGUCCUCUCUACAGGUGUCCUAGGUGUCCUCUCUACAGGUGUCCUCUCUACAGGUGUCCUCCUCUACAGGUGUCCUCUCUACAGGUGUCCUCUCUACAGGUGUCCUCUCUACAGGUGUCCUCUCUACAGGUGUCCUCUCUACAGGUGUCCUCUCUACAGGUGUCCUCUCUACAGGUGUCCUCUCUACAGGUGUCCUCUCUACAGGUGUCCUCUCUACAGGUGUCCUCUCUACAGGUGUCCUCUCUACAGGUGUCCUCUCUACAUGUGUCCUCUCUACAGGUGUCCUCUCUACAGGUGUCCUCUCUACAGGUGUCCUCUCUACAGGUGUCCUCUCUACACGUGUCCUCUCUACAGGUGUCCUCUCUACAGGUGUCCUCUCUACAGGUGUCCUCUCUACAGGUGUCCUCUCUACAGGUGUCCUCUCUACAGGUGUCUCUCUACAGGUGUCCUCUCUACAGGUGUCCUCUCUCUACAGGUGUCCUCUCUACAGGUGUCCUCUCUACAGGUGUCCUCUCUACAGGUGUCCUCUCUACAGGUGUCCUCUCUACAGGUGUCCUCUCUACAGGUGUCCUCUCUACAGGUGUCCUCUCUACAGGUGUCCUCUCUACAGGUGUCCUCUCUACAGGUGUCCUCUCUACAGGUGUCCUCUCUACAGGUGUCCUCUCUACAGGUGUCCUCUCUACAGGUGUCCUCUCUACAGGUGUCCUCUCUACAGUGUUCCUCUCUACAGGUGUCCUCUCUACAGGUGUCCUCUCUACAGGUGUCCUCUCUACAGGUGUCCUCUCUACAGGUGUCCUCUCUACAGGUGUCCUCUCUACAGGUGUCCUCUCUACAGGUGUCCUCUCUACAGGUGUCCUCUCUACAGGUGUCCUCUCUACAGGUGUCCUCUCUACAGGUGUCCUCUCUACAGGUGUCCUCUCUACAGGUGUCCUCUCUACAGGUGUCCUCUCUACAGGUGUCCUCUCUACAGGUGUCCUCUCUACAGGUGUCCUCUCUACAGGUGUCCUCUCUACAGGUGUCCUCUCUACAGGUGUCCUCUCUACAGGUGUCCUCUCUACAGGUGUCCUCUCUACACGUGUCCUCUCUACAGGUGUCCUCUCUACAGGUGUCCUCUCUACAGCUGUUCUCUCUACAGGUGUCCUUUCUACAG